AUGACUAUUAAUAGCUUUGUGCAUAGCGGAGAUAUCAGUAUCCUUAGUGAUGAACAGAAGAGACCUCAUUAUGGUAAUGAAUUGGGUGACAUUCAUUGUUUUGAUCUGGCUAGUGAGAAAUGGACUGCUGUGGAGACCACCGGGGAUGUACCGUCGGCGAGAAGCGUGUUUCCAGCGGUUUCUUACGGGAAAUUCAUUGUUAUAUAUGGUGGGGAGGAAGAGCCGCAUGAGCUUAUGCAUAUGGGAGCUGGGAAGAUGUGUGGAGAGGUUUACAAGCUUGAUACAGAGACGUUAGUGUGGGAGAGGAUUGUGCGUGGGAAACAGGAGCAGAAGCCGAGCCAACGCGGGUGGUGUGCGUUUACUGCAGCGGUUAAGGAUGGUGAGGAAGGCCUGUUGGUUCAUGGUGGGAAUUGUCCGACCAAUGGGCGGCUUGAUGAUUUGGUGUUUUGGGGUUUCUCUCAUCUUAAUGUCAAUUAA